GCCGCCCCUGAGGCGCUCCCCUGAGCAAGACGCCGGGGCUGGGGGUCAGUCUCACGGGGAGUUUGGAUGCAGUUAACGGCGGAGGGCGGCCUCUCCCACCACCUGGGCCCUUCCCGCCUCCGGGUGCUGCCCGGGGCGGCCGGUGAGCCCCGCCCGUCCCGGCCGUAAGUUUUUCUUACCAGGUAUUAACAAUAUGGAUGCCGAACAAACAGCACCUGUGAUUCCCAAAGUGACACCUUUGCAGCAAAUGAUUGCCUCAUGUACUGGAGCUAUUCUUACAUCACUAAUGGUGACCCCUUUGGAUGUUGUUAAAAUUCGUCUCCAAGUUCAGAACAACCCUUACCCUAAAAGAAGAUGUUUUUUAUAUUGUAAUGGACUGAUGGAUCAUCUAUAUUUCUGUGACGAGGGUAGCAACAAAGCAUGGUACAAGAAGCCUGGCCGUUUCAGAGGAACAUUGGAUGCCUUUUUGAAAAUUAUUCGAAAUGAGGGCAUAAAGUCCUUGUGGAGUGGUCUUCCCCCUACACUUGUGAUGGCAGUUCCUGCUACAGUCAUAUAUUUUACUUGUUAUGACCAGUUAUCUUCAUUUUUGAAGUCUAAAGUAGAAAAUGAAACCUACGUACCAAUUUUUGCUGGAAUUGUGGCCAGAUUAGGUGCAGUAACUGUAAUAAGUCCCUUAGAGUUGAUUAGAACCAAAAUGCAAUCCAAGGCGUUAUCUUAUAAGGAAUUACAUCUGUUUGUUAGACAGAAAUUGUCACAUGAUGGUUGGAUUUCACUCUGGAGAGGUUGGAGUCCUACUGUUAUGAGAGAUGUACCUUUCUCAGCAAUGUACUGGUAUAACUUUGAAGUGUUUAAGAAGUGGCUUUGCAAAAACUCCGACAAAUAUGAGCCAACCUUUGGGAUUAAUUUUACUGCAGGGGCAAUGUCUGGUUCUAUUGCAUCUAUUGCAACUUUACCAUUUGAUGUUGUAAAAACGCAAAAGCAAACCAAACUUUGGAGAUAUGAAAAUUCUAAAGAUGUAGGUCUACAUACCCUACCCACAUCAACAUGGGACAUUAUGAAGCAGAUUGUUGCUAAACAUGGAGUUUCUGGAUUAUUUGCUGGACUAAUUCCCCGGUUAAUUAAAGUUGCUCCUGCAUGUGCCAUUAUGGCACAGAACCUACUUAGUGUAGUAAGAAGAAUGCUGGAUUUGAAGUCCAGACUUGGUUUCACAUCCAUAUUUCCUGUAUGACCUUGGGUAAGUUACUAAAUCUCUCUGGACCUCAGUUUCCUCCUUUGUAAAGAACGGGUUGAACCCGAUGAGCUCGAGUCCCUUCCAACUCUUAAGCCCUAUCAUUUUCUACAGAGAAGAAAUAGAAAACUUUCUUGAAUUCAAAUAGGUUUAAUAAGUUGUUUACUCCCCUGUUAUGUGGUAGUGCUGGGGAUACAGAGAUAAAAUAGUCCUUGCCUUUAAGGACUCCCAGGCCUCCUGAGGGAGUACACCAUGAAAACAGGUCAGUCAGAACAACCCUCAUUUCAAAAUGGGAAAAUCGGGUCUGAAGAAAGCUAAGAAUAACUAUAAAAUGUCUGACAGACCGUAGAGAACAUUGCACCCAAUUUAACAAGAUGGAAUUUAAUGGGGAUAAAAGUCUCAUACUUUGUUAAAAAUCAUCUUUUAAUUGAAGACAUAAUAUACUUUUAGCAAGUUAACGGUUAGCUGCAUGUGAGUAUGCCCAUAGUCUAUCUCUUGAAUGGUUCAGAGGUAAAGGUGGAUGUUAAAAAAAAAAAACAACCCAAAUAAACAAUCCUUUAGUUUCCACUUCCAUUGAAGAAAUUAUAUAAACAUUUUCUAAUCAAUGGAGUGCUGUGCUCAGAUACCUGACUUUUUGUGAAUUCAGGAGACUGAUAAUCAACUAUGUCAUUCAGGAAUAUCAUCAGCCUUCCUUUCUUAAAGUACAUCUUGCAUGAUAAUUUUCUGGGUGAUUUGAUGGUUCCAGAAGGAAUACAAUACUUGUUGAAAAGUACUGCCUCUGCAGAAGGAAAAGUUUUUUCUCUAUUAGAUUAGAUAGCUUUAUUGGGUGUGAAAUUUUUAUAUAAGUGAGUAUCUGCUUGAAAAAGUCCUUAUUAAUUACAUCCAUUAUGCUUAUUUCCCCUAAUAUAAAUCCUUUUCUGGUUUUCCCAAAGUCUUAAUUUGGUGUGCUACUUUAAAGGUUUCCAACUGGCUCCACAAUGGCAUUUAACAUUUGUUAAGACAUCCUUUUGAGUGUUUUUUUCUACUCUAUAAGGAGACCUAUUUUAAAAUAACACACAAUCCUUAAUUUGCUUGAAAGUUACUCUGAAAUAUACCACCGCGACAAGACAGUUGAAUAAUCUUUGUUCCCUGAUUUCUAAUAGUUAAUGUUGAAAGAGAAGCAAAUGUUGCAAAAGUGGGUUUUCCUCCCUACUCUCAAGAAAGCCAAGUGAUGCGCUUCCAGACAACUAUUUUUAAGCGCAUCAGUUUAUAUUCGAAGAGUCUGUGUAGUAUUAAAGGAACUGCAUGUUAGGUAUAUUUCCAUUUAUAGUUAAAUUGAAAAUUUAAGAAAUUUUCACCCAUUUGUAAAAAGAUGUAUUAUUAAAAAUAAGUCGCUUUCUAGAAUGCCUAUCACUUAAUCAUCAUAAUGUCCCUGAGGUGGAGACCCUGGGUUAUAUUAUCCUUAUUUUGCAGCUGAGGGAACUGAGGUUCAGGAAGGUUUGGAUUUUGCUCAUGCUCACAAAUGUAGGUGUCAAAUUGGAAACCACAGCUAUCAUGAAAGCAUAUGACAAUUUUACUUUGCUUGUAUCACUUUGUUUCAGGAAGCAAGGAAGUAAAUUACUUCAUAUUGAGAAGGUAUUUUUUAUUCCAAAGGGUAUUUAGAAAUAUUUCAUUUUAUUUUUAAAGACAGUCAGUGAAUUGCUUAGAGUUACAGAGCUGAGUAGUUGCAAAGCUGGGACUAGAAGAAUCCUAGUCUCUUGACUGUUCUUUGCUAAGUUACCUCAAUAAUGAGACUCAGCACUUAUCUAACAUACUUAGUGACAAGCAUGGAGAAAACAAUCUCAUGUCAACCAAAAAUACUAGCUCUAACAUCACUAGGCAGUUAAGAUCUUGAUUAAAACAAAUAUAUGAUAUUGAGCUUUUUACUUCUGUUGAAAUGUAUUUCUCCAAACAACUCAUUAAAAAUAUGAAAUAGUAAAUGCUUCCCACAGUUAGAAUUAGCUAUAUAGAAGUAAAGGAAAAUAGUCACUAUUGAUGGCUAUAAAAUGUUUAAUUUACAUGCAACAAAUAUAUAUCAAGGCAACAAAAUACACCAUACAAGUUUUGGCAUUAAUUCAACAUUCAUGAUAUUUUUUUUCUGAACAAUGAACAUUGCCAUUUAGAACUGAGGCUUGAGACAUACGAUCAGUUUUCUCAUGCACAGACAUCUAUAAAUUCUAUGACUAUUAUGAAAUGACCUGUGUAGAAAGGUGAAAUUCCACAAGAGCAAAUGAACUUUACUCCAAGAGCUCCAAGAAAGGGAGCCUGACAGAAGUAAAAAAAUUGUGAUUGUGUCUUUUAUAGGAUGGGCUGAGAAAAAUGGCGAAUUCUGCACACAGUAAAAUGUACUGACCAUAUCUGUUGAAUGAAAUCUGAAUGCUUGAAGGAUUCCACCUUUUUCCUGUAUACUAAAAAUGUAUGCAAAUUAGUUAUUUAAUAAAUAACUUAAAAAUAGAAUGUCAUAAAAGUUGGUUGAUAGUUAUAAUAAAUGAUGCCAUUCUCAGUGGCAGAUCCUGUGAAAGUAGCACUAUUAAUCUAGGACCAAGGCAAAAAUAAAGUAGGCAGCCAUUUGGUUGAAUUGCCCCUACUACUGUUAUCAAAAUCUGCUCUUAAAUCCUUCCUUUGUGUCAAAGUAGCUUAAAUUGUAAACUUCACAAUAAGGGAGAUGGGAGGGGGAUAACUUUUUUUUUUUAACAUCAUCAGGAUUCUCCCCUCCCUCCCCUCCUAAAUCAUAACUUAAGCCUACUUAUUCUACCUACAAGUACUAUUAUUUAUUUUUAGUGUAAAUUAUUAGAGUGGCCAGGUGACAUUUAAGUAAUUCAAUACAAUUCCCACAUUCGUCUAGGCUAAAUUUCUCAUACUUCAGCUACUUCUUCAUGGAAGUAAAGUAAAUAAGUAGUGCCAAGUACUUAAAAGACCUACAUUACUCUGUAUUUUAAAAUAUAAAUCACUCAUGUCCAUCAUAAA